GCUUUUAACUUGCACUGUUGGUCUCACGUUCACUAUCCUUAACUGAACCUUCAUCGACCACUAAACAGUCCAAACCAAUCUUCUUAAGUCACUCUCGUACUCGUGCUAUUCACUCUAUAAUCUCUGUUCUCUUCCACUAAUCUCAUUUUCAACACUGUUUCCAUACAAUGUCCUUCUCUCACUGUUCAAAGCUGCUUUCACAAACCCCAAAAAUGUGCUUCUUUUGGUUAUAAAUUUUUGGCAUUUACAUGCAUCAUACUUUCAAUUGGGGUUUACUCUGAAAUGGGCUUGCUCAAGCUUCCAUUGUUGGUUUUACUUUGUUGGGUGUUCUCUCUUUUGAGUUUGAUAGCACUCUGUGAUGACUCAGAGCUCACCGUGAAGUUCUUGAAGGCUCCCCAUACAUUCUCUCAUCUCAGCUCAGCCACAUUCGUCUUUGAAGUUCUUGAGGGUGGGAAUGGCGCUUGCACCAAUUGUAAUAUCACUUGCAAGCUGGAUGAUGGCUUUGCUUCGGACUGUGAAGGCAGGAUGGUUUUGUAUGCAGGCUUGCCGGAUGGAAAUCAUACAUUUGAGGUUUGCACCAACGGGUCUGGAGGAGUUGGCUGUGCUAACUAUAACUGGACUGUUGAUACAGUCCCGCCUACAGCAUAUAUCACAGCCUCAACACCUUUCACAAAUGCUCUAAAUGUUUCUAUAAAUAUAUCUUUCAGUGAACCCUGUACUGGUGGAGGAGGUUUUGUAUGUUCAUCUGUGAAUGCCUGCAACCUUUUGGUCUAUGGUGCCGGCCAAGUUAUACCAUCCUCACUCAACAUUCUACAGCCAAACCUCCAAUAUUCCAUCCUUGUGGGUUUAUCAUCUGCUUCUCAUUAUGGGCGAGCAAUUUUGGUAAUGGAUAAGAAUUUUUGUACUGACAGUGCUGGGAACAAAUUUACAAGAAAUGCGAAUUCUACUUUCUUUGUGCAUUUUGAUAGACGAAGUGUGUUUGUCAACUUGAGGAUUCAUGUUCCUGAAAGGCUACUUCAACUUAAUGGUGAAACUAGACUGGUGCAAGCAACUAAUAACUACAAUAAACUAAAGGUGUAUUUGUACUUUUCAGAGCCUGUUCUCAACUCAUCUGCAGAAAUUCUAAAUUCUCUCCAAAUGAGUCAGGGCAGACUUCUUCCUGUCAGUGGAAAUGAUCUUGGGAAUCGCAGAUUUGGCUUUAUGGUUGCAAAUCUAUCUGGCAUGGCUAUAGUCACACUAAGCAUUAAUUCAAACUCUAUAAUAAGUAGACAAGGGACUCCAGUUUCCCAAGUUGCACCAGUUACUUUCCUGUAUGAUUCUUUGAGGCCUGCUGUAAGGUUGAGUACACCAUCCCAUCUGAGGACAAGAGAACAUAGCAUCCCUAUGUUAAUAAAAUUCAUGAAGCCUGUAUUUGGUUUCAACUCUUCUAAUAUAUCAAUCACAGGAGGGCAUUUACAGAGCUUUCGUGACAUAAGUAAAAGCACAUAUUCUAUAGAGAUAAAAGCAGACCAUGAUAUUGUAUCUGUCUAUGUUCCCGAGAAUGUAACUGGGGAUGUUGCUGGAAACAAAAAUCUACCCUCCAAUGUUCUACAAGUAAGGCACUAUUCUGUGCCCAAAAUAUCUUCUGUGAUUUCUAAGCUUGCAACCGCUUCAUUUGUGGUGACAUCUAUUGCUUCCGGGUUGCUUAUGGUUUCAAUUGCAAGCCUUCACUCCAUUGGGGAAUUUUCAAGACCAUUUUCUUCUUCUUCUGAUCCGGCAAGGAAUCUUUUUAGAAUUGCAUGCCAUAUUCAGGUUUUUGCAUUAUCUAGAUGGUUGGCAGUGACACUGCCAGUGGAGUAUCAUGAAUUUGCAAGGGGUUUGCAGUGGAGCAUUCCCUACUUCAAUCUUCCAUGGGAAACUCGGAACACCCAGCCGGUCUUGAUGGGCUCAAGUCCCCCUUCCAACUCACAUCCCUACAUAUCUAAAAUUCAUGAUUCAGAAAAUUUUCCAGGUGUGCAGCUGAAACAAGAGAAUUUGAGUAGGGCUGCUUCUGUAUAUGGGUUGCCACUGACUCCAAUGGAAUAUAGAUCAUACUUUCAGAACCAAAAUAUUAGACCAGAAGCUGAAUAUAUUUUGGAUCCGCAUAUUUUAAAUGGGUGGAGGGAUUUUAGUAGAAGCAUGUUCUGCUUAGCCAUAAUUGGUGGCAGUUUCAUACUGCUGCAUGCUUUACUCCUUGUCAUCCUAAAAUUCAGGAAGAAAAAUCCUGAAAAGCAGAGGGGUUAUGGAGUACUCACAUUCCCAAGAUUUGAAAUAUUCCUUAUAAUUCUUGCACUACCUUGUAUUUGCGAGGCCUCUGCUGCUCUAAUUAGAGGAGGAUCGGCAUCAGAGAUUAUAGUUGGCAUUCUGCUUCUGGGUGCUGUGUCAUUUCUACUGCUGGUAUUGCUCUUGUUCCUCUCUAUAGGUAUUACAUUUGCAAAGCUACUUCAAUACAAGGAAGUUCAUCAAGUAGGUCGGAGAUUUCACUGGUAUCAAGAAAUAGUCCGAGUAACACUGGGUCCUGGUAAGAGAGGCCAGUGGACGUGGAAAAAUCAACAGAACUCUAAUUACCUAACCAUGUUAGGGCCUCUAUUUGAAGAUUUAAGAGGCCCCCCAAAAUACAUGCUCUCACAGAUUUCUGGGGGCAGUUCCCUUACACAUGGUGAUCGGAUCAUUGCCUCUGAUGACGAAACUGAAGAUGCAGAAGCACCUUUUAUCCAAAAGCUGUUUGGAAUACUCAGAAUAUACUACACGCUGCUUGAAUCCGUGAGACGCGUUACACUAGGGACUAUGGCUGGUGUCUAUAAGGAGAAGCGGUCUUCUAAGACUCCCACAAUAAUCUUGUUAUGCAUCACCUCUUUUCAGCUCUUCUUCCUUGUUCUCAAGAAGCCAUUUAUUAAGAAAAAAGUUCAGUUGGUUGAGAUCAUCUCAGUUACCAGUGAAGUAGGUUUAUUUGCUAUUUGUUUUGUUCUCUUGGAGAAGGAAUUUUCAGCCAGGGUUGAGACUAUAGUUGGAGUGUUCAUGCUUAUACUUUUCCUAGUGGGAUAUUUACCACAGAUGAUGAAUGAAUGGUGUGCUUUGUAUAGACAGACAAAGCAGCUGGACUCGGCUGAGAAGUCUUUCUUAACUGGUUUGAAGAUAGCUUCAAUUGGAUUAGUUCUGCUUUUCAUCCCACACAAGUUUUUGGAAAGCAGGUUCCCAGUUAAUGGUCACCAUGGGGAUGGAGAGACUAAUGUCACUAGUUCUUCAGCUGAAAGGAACAGGAACUCUGGGAGUAGGAACUCGGGCACAACUGUGCCAGAAAAAUCAUGGUUGAAACAGCUAAGAGAACUGGCAAAGGCUAGCUUUAGUAAGGAUGAAAGUGGGGCUCCAAGUGAUCCCUCAACCAGUCGUGCAAGAUGGAGUGGGCUUUGGGGCACUAAAGGUAGUGGGAGCCCUACUUUAAAUGCAUCUUCUGAUUUAAAGUCAAAUCCAAGCGGGUUGUACAAAGAUUUAGAAGCCAUUUUUGCAUCCAAGUAAAAGUUAAUGAUUCAAAGAACAUUUCAUUUAGAACUCUGGUUUCAUUGCAGUUUCUUUAUCCAUCUUCCAACAGCAGAUGCAGUGCUGACUCCACUAUUUUUUGAGAAGUAAUGAGAAAUGGGUGAUUGCUUAGAAUUGUGGAGAUGGGGCUGUAACCCUUUUUAUUUUUAAGUUGUGACCCAUUUUGUGGGGCACAUAAGAGUAAAAUUUUGUCUACUUUUGAAUAGCCGUGAAAGUUAGAACUAUAAAAAUUUAAUUUAAGCAAAAGUUGGAACUUGUUUGUA